GACCACAUAAUAGACACCUUAGACGCCCUAGACGAAGAUGGGCUGAAAAGGUUCAAGGACGAGCUGGGCGAAACAACGAUCCAGGGGCGCAAAAUCCCCAGCCGGAAGCUUAAGAAAGCAGGAAUCGUUGAAGUAGCUGGUUUGUUAAUCAGUACCUUCACCAAAACGCACCCCGCUGAGGUCACAAUAUCCAUUUUAAAUGCCAUUAAUGAGGUCGACCUGGCCGAAGAGUUGCAAGGAAAGACUAGUGCAGAUCUCCCAGCAAGAACUCCUACUCCCCCUCCUACCCCGCCACCUCCAGCCUCUCGUAAGAUGACUUUGAAGGAGCUUCUUGAAGAACCUGCUGGACCAUCCCGAAUACCAAUAGAACUAAAGGUUAUGAAAAUAGAGCCACCAAUCACCUUCACAAAUCAGAAAAAUGAAACUAAACAGGUUGUGGUUAUAACAUUUGCUGACCGAACUGAUAUAAUCCAAGGAAGACUUGAUGAUAUGGCCAAAAUAAAGGAACUCGAGGAAGAAAAAUGUAUACUUCUCAGAGGCUACAUCAUUGCUAAAGACACUAAACAUCAAAUAACUACACUGGUCCUCACCAAAAGAACAAAGUUUUCAACAACAGCAAGUUUUGAUGUCAGCAGCGAAGUACUGGAAAGGAUGCAGCCAGUUCCACUAAUUAAAGCAAACACCAGGAGAGCCAAGAAACCCAUAACCAUAGAAGGCAAAAUAACAAGUGUAGGAAAAGUGGAACGGGUAACUGAGAAAGGAAACAAAGUGCCUAUAAAAAACAUCACGAUCAGAGAUUCGACAGCCCAAAUCAAACUUACCCUCUGGAAAGAUAAAACCCGCAUACCAAUCCAACCAGGAGACUACAUCGAAGCUACAAACAUUGUGUUAAACAGUUACCUGUCUAACAACACUACACGGUUAUCAACCAUUCAGGUAAAAGAGGACCCAGAAAAAAAGAAUUCGAGAAGCAAGGUGACGGGCACAGCAACAGCAACAGCAAGCUGCUCUAACACCUGCUGAAAAUCACAACCACCAACUACCCCCGACACAAAGAGAAUGGGGAGGAUGAGCAAGUCAAUUACCCACCGUUAUCGGCUAAAAAUGGUCACAAUAACUCUUACUGUCUUAAAUCAUGUUUUAACUUGCAUUGUUCGCUGCUUUCUCCCUGGUUAAUAGUUCUUCAUUUCUCUGGUUUGCUUUUUGAAAUAAACAGUGUCAGUUUCGCAGUUUAAUAAAAUGACUGUGAGCUUUGUACUCUUCCCUGGGUUAGGGAGGGAAACAUUGUCGGGAGAUGUUUCAUCUCAUUGGGGUUGUUUUUAGUUUAUUUCAUUUGUUUUUUCAUUGGACAUUAAGUGGCUCACUGGUGUAUUACCCAGAGUGAUUUGUUUAAUAUAAAACAUCAAAAACAGCAUGCAGUAUGAAAAAGGCACUUGAUGUGCAUGAUUACCUUUAUUACAGUGACGACAAAAUUGCUCUAAACAAGCCUUUUAUACCUAACCUGUGGUGAAAUGCAUUCUUAAAUAACUCUUCUCCAUUACAGCUGUGGUAUCCUCUUGGUCCUUCCAAUAAACAUGCUCACAAUUCAUUUGACACACACACCCCUUGCUAGUAAUACCUCGUUUCCAUGUACCACUCAGCCCAGGAAAGAGGAGGGAACAUCAGGAGAGAGGAGGGAGCAGCAGGAGAGUUGGGUUCGGGAGAGGAGGGAGCAGCAGGAGAGUUGGGUUCGGGAGAGAGGAGGGAGCAGCAGGAGAGUUGGGUUCAGGAGAGGAGGGAACAGCAGGAGAGUUGG